ACCAGCAAGUGCAUCGUGCUCCUCAAUUCCCAUCACCAUGCACUCCUCAAAGUACCCCAUCGUGAUGUCCAACGGCCAGCGCAUCUACCACAACCCGUUACCAUCGCCACCACCCCCUCGGGGCAGCGAAGUCUUCAUCGGCAACCUCCCUCGCGACCUCUUCGAGGACGAGCUCAUCCCGCUGUUCUCCCAGGUGGGUCCCAUCUACAAGUUCCGCCUCAUGAUGGACUUCUGCGGGAACAACCGCGGCUUCGGCUUCGCCACCUACUGCUGCGUGGAGGACGCCCACCGGGCCGUGGUGCGCUUCAACCGGACCUACGUGAGGAGCAGGACCAGGAGGUCGUACAUUUCGGUGCACGUGUCGCUGGACAACUGCAGGUUGUUCUUCGGGAACGUCCCGAGGGAUACGGCCAGAGGGGAGAUCGAGGCCGAGUUGAUGCGGCUGGUGGACGGGGCGGUGAGGGUGAUCGUCUACACGGAGAGGACGAACCCGAGCCGGAAUCGAGGGUUUGCGUUCGUCGAGUUCGAGUCGCACGCUGUGGCCGCCAUUGCUAGGAGGAGGAUGCUGGCGGGUGUUGGUAAUAAUAUUUGGAGGGACCGCGAUGGUAAGCACCAUAAGCUGUACGUGGACUGGGCGGAACCUGAACCCAUCGUUGAUCCAAUGGUACUGACGGAGGUCAAAAUCCUCUACUUCAAAAACGUCCCUCUGCACUGGUCGAGCGACCGUUUCAAGGACUUCAUGGGCACAAUUUUAAAAAAUUUGACAUUUGAGAAAAUUUACAAAAAGGACAACUACGCAUUUGUUCAUUUUUACAACAGAGCUAGCGCUGAAAUAGCCUUCCAGUUGCUAGAAGCAAUGUCCCAUUUCUUAAUCUACUCUGGCCAACAAAUGGAAGUGGAAUGGGCCAGACCCUCCAUCUACAGCAAGCGAAACAGAGCCAAUCAUCUACCGGAAAAUCUGUGUUUGUCGGUGCCCCCAAAAACACGCAAACUCAUCCACAAAUCGAAAAAGACCCCCAACUUUUCGCUGAACAACAACGCUAAUUCCAGCAGUCCUCAAAACGAUGUGUCUCCAACCACCAGCUCUACUGUCAGCGAAUAUAAUUUACCACUCAGGUUCGAAAUGCUUUCACUCGGCACUGGAUUUUAAUAGCAG